ACCAAAGCAGCAGCCAAGCUAGCUUAGACGGUCCGUCUCGUGUUUUCGGCCAGCGUACGAAUACGGUGCACGUCAGUCAACGUAGUACGUCGGCGAAAGUGUAUUCUGUGCAAUUCUCGUAAAAUUAAAAAUCGUGCAAUCCGAUUUCGAACUGACUGAAAAAGCGCAACGAUACAACGUUCUGAGUUGCACGAUGAUAAGGGUGGUAACAGCGCGACGUGGAUUUAAUUUUAUUUAUUUAAUUCACGUGCUGUAAUUCGAGUCGCAUGUGAAGUGCGCAAUCGAACCGUUCCAUGGGGAUUCGUCGAGUGUAAUCGAAACUUCCGCUCGAAUAACACGCGCUCGUAAUACCAAGUGUAAUUCACGGUGAUUUUUUUGAGAUUUUAUUAACGAUAACGGUAUAGCUUAUGUUAUUAACACUUAAAAUAUAAGAAGAGUACAAAAAGGACACAAGAUCGAGAGAUCGCAAGAGAAUCACUCAUUAUAUUACAACGUAAAAGAAAUUGCACACACACACACAUACACACGCGCGCGCGCGCACACAGUUGAGAGACAAGACUAAUCUGUAUCUACGUGUGUCAAAAGUGUAGCUUCCUUUUCGAGAGGUAAGAGUUCGAGAAAGCCGCCGCGACAAAAAGAAAACACAAUCGCGUGCGAUGCAGGAAGUUAAUCUUCGACGACCGUGUUGUUAGUUUCACACAACGUUGCUUUGCGUUAAUUAAUUAACGAAUAUCUCAGAUCCAUUUCACAAAAUGCACAUGCGACGGAUAUUCUUGCUGUUUGGCUGCUACUUUGUGGUUCUGACACUUGCGUACGACGACGCCGAUGAGGGAACUUACACUGAUUUUCUUCCACUUUAUCUGAUCGGUUUUCCAGUGAUAGCGAUUUCCGUAAGAAUCACGAACUUUCUUAAGAAGCUCGCUUACGCACUAAAUCCAGAUACUUACGUCAGUCGAGUGAAACGAGCGCAAGCUUUGAUACACGACGAAGAGAUUUUAGACGUUGAACAAAUCGAAAAGAAACUGGUAGCCGAGUUUGGAAAUAACGUUUGCCUCUACGAGAGGACUUGCACCAAAUAUGCGGAACGAACGCUCGCGAGACGAAGUCGGGAACGUGUUCUCGAUUGGACCAAAGUGUUCAGAGAAUAUAGAUCAUCGCCCAAUCCGAUGAAGGAGAAUUAUUUGCUGAGCGUAUUUCUUGGCGACAUUAUCGGCAGUCCGAAGUUAUGUCAUUUAUUGGCGGAGAGAGGAAGAUCCUGCGAUGCUAUCUUCCCGGACUGAAGUAAAAGUCUGAGACGCGGCUUGUAGCAAAUUUGUAAAUAUUUCGAUGCCAUGCGAGAAGAGAGAACUGAUCAAAAUGCAUUACAGUGAUAUUUGUACAGAUUGACAAUAUAAUGAUUUAUAUCAUGUAAACAUUGUAAUUGCUUAUAGGUUUAUUACUUCAGAAGAUAUGUGAUCUUAUUUUUUUUUUUUUUUUUUAAUUCGAUCAUUACACACAUUCGGACGCGACAUAAACACUUUACGUAACCAAUGCGCAUGGAUUCCACCGUUGCGAAAAUACACGUAAUUUGUUUAUCCUUGAAGCAGAGUUCUUGCGAAAAAUCAUCAUGACAUUUUCGUGUGGAUUUACACGUACACAUUUACAUACUCUUAUAUACACUAAUAUAUAAUAUUGUACAUAUGUACGCGCGUGAACGGAGCGCGAAAGCACUCCGCAUGCAAGUAAGUACGGAGUGAGAGUUGCUCGCAAUGACGUCGUCACCAGCCCACGUCUUUCCGACCGAACGGGUAAAGAAAGAUCGACGUCGAAGAAAGUUUCAGUUGAUGCAAAACCAUAGAAAGGCGACAUUAUCGAUCGCGUCAAAAGAAAAAAAAAACAAGAUAUAUCGCUAAACAAAAGAUCGUGUUAAAGUUAAAAAAAAAAAUCAACAUUUUGCGAAUGUGAAAUUGAGCAGUUACUGCACGUUGUAAAAUUCUUAUGUACACAUAACGUGUUAAAACGAUACUAAUGUGAUAGCAAUUUUAACGCAAUGUGAUGUAAGAUCGUUUUUACCGUUAAAGUUUAUAUUUUUAAGUGUGUAGAGAACGCGAGUUGUGUGUAUAUCUUUUACAUUAUCAAAACAAAAGAAAUCUGUACUACAAUAUACAGAAAAUAAAAACACGUAAAUUUGUUUCAAAAUGCUAAGUAAAUUUGUCUUUUUUUGGUGCCUUUUACAUCUCGAAAUUUACGCCGAGCAUUUAUCGCAACAGUCUCAAGAAUCGUCUGACGACAGCCAAUGCGCUUUCGAAGUCUCUCAAAAACAUUAUAACGUAACAGAUCUGUUACGAUGUAUGAAUGAGCUCGCUAUUGAUCUCUCCGCUGAAAAUGGUAAUCGACUGCCCAAACGAAAAGAUCAUUUUGAUUCGUCAGCUUAUCGAGAAAAUUCGCGCGAGUUUCCUUACGGAAAUAUGAUUUUAAAUCUACUUAAUAAUGGCGUCUCGAUCCUUCAAAGUACCCCAUCGGAUCCUAUUGUCGGUAACUAUCAAUUAGAUUCUUCUGAAGUGUCGAACGAUCCUAUUUUCAAUCGAUACGGUGAAUUUGGAUUAUAUCUCUUUAACGCUCUAUCGUCGAUUUCACGCCACGAUGAUCUGAAGUGCGUAUCGAGAAUACUCUGCGAAGUGGCGAGCGGAAAGCCACCGGGGGAAUACAGGCAAGCAUCGGCGGGAGGUAACACGCAAUAUUUUGAAGGACUCAGCAGGAAUAUUUUCGCUCAAUGGCUUGUCGGGAUUGAUGUAGCAGACACAUCCCCUGUGUUGAGUUUCGCUCGAGCAGCCGCGCUGGGCUAUAGCAGCCACGGAAAUCCGACUGUGUGUUAUCGCGCGUUUCCGAGAUGUCCGCGUAAUCCCGACAAGUUGGUGCAUUAUCUGAACAAUCACAACGGCGGAUUCUUUCAGUUUUUCAACAGACACGGACACGGGAGUUAUUCGCAAUCGCUUUACACUGUGAGAGACAAUUUGAAAUUUCUCAGAGAGAGAAGACAGAAAGCUUUGCCGCCGGGCAUCGCCGGAGCGGAGGCGGAUCGCACCGGAACGGGCAAGCUGAAAUUCGACGUCUCCGUUUUGACUGCUCGCCAAGAUUACGAGAAAAGCUUCUUCCCGAAGGAAAAUACACUGGAAAGCUCGGAAAGACAAAUGGUGUUCCCGCAUCACGAGGAGUCGAAUGAUUACCCAUCGGAAAACAGAAUUCCCAAAUCCCUGUCAGACUUACGAGAUUCCGACGCGAAAACAUUUUCGCAAAAAUCUCCGCGGUUCUUUCCUGAGGAAUCGAAAGACGAUAACGUUCACGUGUUGCGUUUUACUUCGGAACUUUCGACAUCUCGUAAUUUUCGAUUUCCAGAUUACUAAUUAAGUUCUUUGCAAUUGAAAAGUUUUUUUUUUAAGCUGUUAAAAACAUUGACGAUUACAACAUUUACUCAGGGUGCUAAACAGGAAAUUAUUUGUUAGAUAUAUUUAAUUUAUUUAUAACUGGUGAAUAUUAACGUAAUCCGGGAUAUAUUUUAUCAAGUGACUAUAUUAUAUUUAUUACUAAUAUUUAUUAUUACGUCGGAUAAUAUUCGUAAAAUAAUAUACGCGAUUUGUGUAUUUUCGCGCUUACGUCUCACGCACGUGUAUACCUUGUUAUAUUUUUCAUGACCGCCUGAAAUUCGGCAGCCCGAGCGGCUCGCAAUCGAACACGUUCACAUAAAAGAGGGGACAGGUUUUUCUUAUAAAUUUUUUUAUGCACAAUCUUUUUAAGAUAUCUCUCUUCUCACGUGUAUAAUUAUACGUCAGUUUCCUUAUUCAUUAAAUUACGCGCCGUCUGUGCGCGCGUGGCUGGCAUAAUAUGAGAAAUUGUGAACUCAGCUGGAAAUUUAAGUUUGAUGUCGAUAGACAAACAUUUGACUAUUUUACGUGUCAAAGCAUAUUCUACCCUUGCUGAUGCAGGGAAUUUUCCAUUCGGUCUGCUUCACCUUUUCUCGCAUACACUGGAUAAUUUUAUGUCCGCCAUUCUAGAAUAUCUCCUAAUAUGUAUAUACAUACAUACAUGUAUGUAUGUAUAUAAAACAAAAAAAUUAAUAUUAAAAUUAAAAUUC